CGCUGAAAAGGGGGACUAGUUCCAUGAUGUGAAUUCAUCCCCCCCACCACCAUUGUGGUGCAUGAAUUCAUCUUCAACGUGCUCCGGCUGGCGCUGGAAGUAGUUCCGGUGGCUUAUCAGCGGAGCGCGGAUCAGCCGGAGAGCCGGUCUCUUCUUCUGAGGGCUGAGCUCACGUGAGGAAAAGCGGGUUGAGAGGCGUCGUGAGGAGGAGAGUCCGAGCCGAGUGACCACAGCGGCGGUCACUGCACGCGCGUGGAGCCGCGCGCCCCGGAGGAGGACGCAGAGCAGACAAGCCUGCCGCGCGGGAGCUUUUGUCUUCGAAUGGGAAUUUUUUCAGGGAGAACAAUUAUAGGCGUCUGGAGUACAAAUAAAAUAAAUAAAUUAAAAAACCGGAGCCGGUUCACAUUCACGCAAGGCGGUGAGUAGUCUACAGAAAAAAAGAAAAAAAAAAUCCCCGCGUGUCAGUCAUGAAGGUGUCUGUCAGCUGAAGGAUGCAGAUAGAAUUGACGGCAGGCCGUGACAAGUUGGUGUUUGCAGACACUGGAGGAAUGCUCUGAACUUCUCAGCGGACGUGGCAGCGGCUCAAUGAAGAUCUUGUGAAGAUGCUCAAGGGGACGACCCCACCUUUUGCUUCCCCAGAUGCUUUGGCUCAAAGAAAGAUGGAAAGAAAUGGGAAGAGCUUGAGCCCAGUCUGCUGCACAAAAAGCACACAGCCCGUCCAGUGAGCUUCAGUGUGCGCCGUUGCAGAGCAGCCUAUCAGCCCUUUAGAGCCCUUAACCGACGAGCACUAUGACUUCUGAGCUGGAGAGCAGCCUCACUUCCAUGGACUGGCUUCCCCAGCUGAGCAUGAGGGCAGCCAUCCAGAAGGUGGAUUUGAGAAACCACCAUGGGCACCACCAGGGGCACCACCACCACCACCACACACACCACCACGGGCACGGGCCCAGCAAGAAAAUGGUACACUUAGACCCCGGAACAACACUGGACCAGGAGGAAGCCGCACAGCACAGAGACGGCAAACCGCCCUACAGCUACGCCAGCCUCAUCACCUUCGCCAUCAACGGCUCGCCUCGCAAACGGAUGACGCUUAGUGAGAUCUAUCAGUGGAUCUGUGACAACUUCCCGUACUACAGAGAGGCGGGUAGCGGCUGGAAGAAUUCUAUACGACACAACCUGUCUUUGAACAAGUGUUUUCUUAAAGUGCCUCGCUCCAAGGAUGACCCUGGAAAAGGUUCCUACUGGGCUAUAGACAACAAUCCUAAAGAAGACACUUUACCCAGCAGGCCGAAGAAGAGGCCUCGCUCUGGAGAACGGGCCUCAGCCCCUUAUAGUCUGGAGUCAGAGUCUCUGAGAAUGGACUGCAUCAUGUCUGGAGGGGCGUCCCCAACUAUGGCUAUCAACGCUGCAACUAACAAGGUUGCGCUGUACAACCCAGAGGCGGAAGGCAGUGAGAGUCCUGGGAGUCUGGGUGGCAGCCUGAGCAACAGCCUUUCAGAGCAGAAUUUGGCGUCAGUCAACCUUAACAGCCUCAACAAUGCCGUCAGCAGCGGCAGCAACGUGCAGAGCUACCCACCAGUGACUAGCCACUCAGAGCCUUCAUCCCAGUCUCUGAGCCUCCAGCAGCCCACCCAGCCUCCACCUCCUCCUCCACCUCCACAGCCACAGUACGGUUUACCUGUCCCCGUGUCGGGGGACAAGCAGCUCUGCUUCUCCGACUUCGAGGACCUCAGCGCUUCUUUCCGCAGCCUUUACAAGUGUGUCUUUGAGCAGUCCUUUUCACAGCAAGGUCUGAUCAGUAUGCCAUGUAACUCCAGUCAGCCGGCUCGAACUGCCUGCUCCUACCAACACACUCCAGCUGCAGGAAACAGCAACGGAGCCCACCACCACCAACACAACCACGGCCACUCGCAUCACCCUCACCUCUCCCUGCACGCGCAGCACAGCCAGAGCCAGCAGCACUCCGCCCACUCCCAGCAGCUCCCGUCUCUGUCCCACCAGACCCACACAGUCCAGACCUGCCCUGCAACAGGCAUGCCGUCUGACUGGUACCCCAACCUGGACUGGCUGAAAGAGAGCUGUCGCAUCGCCACCAGCUACAACUGGGCUGACAUAGACCUUUCCCCGUUUCAGGGUCUGAAGGAGAGCAUGCGACAGGCUGAGCUGAAUAACUGGUCCCUAGAUGCAGACCAGAUGGCUGACCUGUGUUCUUCAAUUAACCAAUUCUUCACAGCCACUGGGAUCAUCCCCCCUCAGGGUGGCUCUCACCCUCAACCUCAGGUCCAACACUCACCGGCAGCGUCGGCAGCGCUGCACCCCGCUCAGCCCCACGGAGCCAUGCAUCCAAAGUCCAGCCUUCACAAUCAGCAUGGGCAACACAACCAACACAUCAGUGCAGGGAACAUGUACAUGGAAUCCAGACAGAACAUUUCUUCUGUGAUGGGCCCUCCUGGAUAUCCUCACAUGCGCCAUGUGACCCCCAACAUGACAGGUCAUCCCAGCCAGCUGGGUCGACCCCAACAAAACCCGCUGCAGUCAGGACACUUUCAGGUGAGGCACAUGCUCGCUGCAGACGACAUCCAGAACGACUUCGACUGGGACUCCAUAGUCUAAGCAGAACUCCGGUUGGUUCCAAUCAAUGAUCCGAGUGGGAUGAACUUCGGGACAAAAACAUUGUGGGGUUUGAACCUGGCCGACCCGCUCUGAACUCGAAUGAAGACAAUCUAACAGAAAGUAGGAGGAACAUUUUUUUAAGUCAAGCUGGCCUUUUUUUUUUUUUACUAUAUAAGUGGCUGACGGUUUAUGAGACAAUCAUAAAAAGAGAGAUGGGACAGGCCUGAUCUGCUUGGGCUCAAGCCGGGAUGACAAACAUGUCCUCCGUGCCAACAGGGUUACACGUCGCCAAGGUGUUGUCCAGUUUGUGAAUCGUUUUCCUCUGUUCUUUAUCGGUUUUCCUGCCACAAGUUUGCCCCUUGUCUGCAAAGUUUCUCCACCUUUUUUUCAUGCAAACGAACAAAAGAUAUUCAACCUUUUCUCCUUGAAUAUGUCGUUUCUGGAGUACAGGCCCUUUCUAUGCUGCCACACAGCUCAAAAGCUGCUAAAGUGAUGAGUAGAGCACCACCUGCUGGUGGGAAAGGCACAAUUUAGUUCCUGUCCUUAAAAGGGUCUCUUUCUUGAUUUUUUUUUUUAAUUUUAUUUUAUUUUAGUGGUAAAAUUACAUUUUAAAACAUCCUCCCUGUUGUUUUCACACAGUCCCACGCGACAGUUUAUCGUGCUCAGGGUGGAACGGUCACACACACAUCUUCCUGUUUGUCCAUGUGAGGUCGACAGCUGUAUGUGUUGUGUGGUGCUGUAGGUGUUCGGAUCCUGUUGGCUCACAUCAGCUGUCUUCAGAUCUAUAAGCUAAGUCGCUAAAUACUGCAAAUUAAAAAAAAGUGAGAAAAGUUAGGAUCCACAUUUCAAACUUCAGCAAGUUCAGGAGAAAAUGCAUAUCAUUUCUGACAAGCUUGGAAGAUAAAGAUGCCACUUGGGGAAAAAAACACAAAAAAACAAGCAGUUUUUGCACAGUAACAAACUGAAUGGUGUCUAGUCAAUAAAAAAGAAACAAAAAGUUCACAAAAAAAAGUUAUUUUUAUUUCUUUGUUUAAAAAGAAAUUGAAAAAAUAAAAAAGCUCACCUAGGGAGCAAAGACAAAUGUUUAAUGUUUUGUUCACUGUGAUGUUAAUUUUGUGUGCGUACAAGUGUGUGUAGUUGUCUCUGAUUUCAUUUAGCGCGCAGCGACAAAAAAAAAAAAAAAAAAUGCACAUGAAUCAAAUUAAUUGCUAUUUAUUUACACUUUAAGCUGCCAUUUUUCCUGGAGUGAAAAAGAGGAUCUUAAAAUGCUGUUUGCUUGGAAAAUCUCAGUGAUUAUUCAGGUGGCUAAAAUAAGUCUCACUGAAGAGAAAAAAGAAAAAAAGAAGAAAAUACUGCUUAUUACCAUUUAAUGCUGUAAAACAGUGACCAGCCUGUGUAUAUCCUCUGUGUUUGUGUUGUUGUCCUUGUAAAUAACAGUAAGUUGCGCUUCUGUUUAUCCCCAAAACCCAGACUGAUUAAAAAAAAAAAAUCUGAAAAUGUAGACGGUAUUUUGUUACUUGCCCUGCAAGAGAUGCAUUGUGUACAUAUUUUCAUUAUAUUGUAAAUAGUUGAUUUAAAAAAAAUGACAUUUGCAUUUUGUGAGUCAUGAAUAUUAAUGUGUAAGGCGAUUUAACGGUUCAACUCUGUUUAAGUGUUUAUUAAAAUGUCAUGAACCAUUUUUACUGCUCUAAA